AUGUUUUCUCACAACAAAAUGCAACUUUGGUACCCAAAACAUUCUUCAGACAGUAAUAUUUCACAAACGCAAAGAAAAAUCCGUGAGAGUUUGGAGUCUUACACCAGCGAAGACACAGACUUGACAGAUGCUGAUUUUCUGUCAGUAGAUUCUCAGACCACUAACACAUCUGAUACUAGUAGAACUGUUAGUCCAACGAAUUCCUAUGCACAUUUUAAUGUAAAAAAACAAAGACAUACAAAUCAAGAAUUAAAUGAAGCAAACUUCUGUACAGAUAAACGAAAUCUACAAGUAAGCGAUUUUAUAGACUUGAAUUACUGGAAAGAAGAAAAAGUAUGUUGUGGGAUAAUUUUUCGAGGAGUUCACGAUGAGAUAAUGAUAGAUCCAAGGUUCAUGAAGGCUUGUUCUAGUAGAAUAAGGAAUAUAGAAAGGAACAAAGAAAAUAGUACAGAAAAUAUAAUUGUGUAA